UGUUUUGUUUUUCCUAGAUAUUUUUUAUACUGGUAUACAGACUGAACUACGCUUCAUAGGCGAGGAGUCCAACAAUCUUCUCACAUAUAGCCUUGUUAUCACACAACUGCACAAUGCGCCAUACCGCCGAUGCAAAUAUAUUAUCGGUAUUGUUCAUAUAUUUGCUUGAAGGUAGUCAAAAAUACAAUUUUUUCUUCAGACUUAAUAGUAUUAUCAUAGUGCUACCUCCUGAUCAUGGACCAAGGUUUGGCCAAAAAACUGUUUGAAGAAGGUGCAUUUUUAAUUCUUGUUGAUAUGCCGAAAGGUACAGAAUUUGGAAUGGAUUGGAAUUCUUGGAUUACCGGACCCAAAUUCAAAGGUGUUAAAAUGAUUCCCCCUGGCCUCCACUUCAUUUUUUAUAGUUCAAAUGGCAAACACGGUGGCCAUUCAUCUCCAAGGUCUGGAUUCUUCCAUUUUUUCAAACAGAGAGAAAUUUUUAUUAGCCAUUGGGAUGUUAAUAAUGAGGAAAUCCAAUUCUCUCACAAGUCUGUUGAUGAGAUGAAUUCACUCAGAGAUAAUCUGAAAAACUUGGAUAAAAAUUUGGCGCCUUAUCCAUAUGACACCUUAGAAAAAUGGGUGUCUCUGACAGACUGGAUUAAUAAUGAUGUUAUGGUUAAACUUCAACCCGAAAACGGAAAAAUUCAGUCUGUUCCCGAGUUAAUUUCAGAAAGCAAUGUUUCACCAAGUGGGAAAGAGAUGUCGGAAGAGAGUGUCAAAGUGCCAAGAUCAAGUGCAGUUGACGAGGAUGGACUGCCCAUACUAAAACCUAAACCUGGGACUGAGAUAAAAUUCUCAAUGAUACCUAAACAAUGGUAUCCCCCAAACGCAACUCCACAUGAAAUUUCAAAGCAUAGUGUGGAUUCAUCAUACAUUUUAGGACAAAUAAUAAAAAACUCUUCCCAACCUGAAGACUUGCUUGGUGAACUGCAGUUUGCAUUUAUAUGUUUUGUUUUAGGGCAGGUGCUUGAUGCUUUUGAACAAUGGAAAUCCCUUGUAAAUGUCUUAUGUUCUUGUGAUGACUUGCUGAAAGAACAUCAAAAAUUGUACGGAAGUUUACUUACAGUAUUUUAUCAUCAACUCAAUGAAAUACCAAAGGAUUUUUUUGUUGAUGUUGUUAGCUCUAAUAACUUUUUAGUUUCAACUUUAACUAUACUUUUUAGUAAUCUGCAAACUGAGGGAAUUGAUGCAAGUCUACAAAAACGUGGCAAACAGUUUCAAAAAUAUUUGACUAAAAAAUUUAAGUGGAAUUUCAAAAGUGAGCCAGAUGAUUGGGCGCCUGUGGUUGUAGAAAUAUAAGAAUAUAAUUAUGUUGAUGGAUUUCAACUGAAAUUACACUUUUUUCAUAUAAAUGGGUCAUAAAAUUUUGUUUAAAUUUAAGAUUUUAAAGUAGCUCAAUCGGGAUCAAAAAUUACAUAGUGAGUCAGGUCGAUUCAAAACAAACCUAUUUCAUAAAAUAAAAUACUAUUGUUAAACAAAAUAUUUGCUACAAUUUGUAAAUAUGUUUAUACUGAAUGAUUCCACAUCGUAAGGAAAGCUAGGAAUGGAGGAGCAAACUGGCUACAAAAUUGUAAUGCCCCCAUCUCUUCCUGCCCUCGUUGACAUUGCGGCAAUUAAAAAUUGAAACUCAGUGAUGCAUCUGUUGUAUCACACUUACAAAUUAAAAUAGUCUGUGAUGUUUCAUGUCAUUUUUCUUAUAUCAUGCUUAAUUCUCCAUUCAAAAUAAUUGGAUAUUUCACCUACAAACAGCUUCCAAGCAAAAACAUUAUUUUUCUUCAAUUUUUGCCAUCUAGA